AGUCUCGCCAAUGCGGUCAGAGCGCAUGCGCGGCGCUUCGGCACGAGUACCAGUGCCGGUCGCGCCGGUAGCCACGCGACACGCGUGUUCACCCUUCCGGCGAUCGAUAACGCGGUACCGCGCCGCCGCGCCGCCGCGCCGACUCCUUUUGUGCACCGCUUCAAACGAGCUGCGUCGAACAUCUCUAUGUUUAGCGCGGACAACGGUGCACCGUUGCAUUGCAUUGCUUACUGAUUUACCGCAACCGUCCCUCUAUCCUGGUUAGCCAGCGUUCCUGAAAAGUUCCGUCGCGGUCGUGACCUCAUUCUUUUUAAAAAAUCGAUUUGUGAUAAAAUUCUUGUACGCCUUACAUAAGAUUGUUAUAUAUUACUUAAGUAUUUGCAACGUUUGCCGGAAUAUUCGUCUCUCGAACUCCCGAGUCAGUAUUUUGUGAAGGACGCGCUGGAAUACGGUACAUAUUUAAUUUUGGAGUUGGCGUGCAAUCGAUUAAGCGUCAAAGCAAAUAUUUAUUGAAGCGCUGUCUAAAUAUGAUAUCACGAUCUAGUAGAAGAAUAUUACAAAAUCGGACAGAUUUCAAUUAAAUUUGUGCUAUAUUAUAAAUAAGUGGACAAGUUAAGUGAUACACAAGUGUGAGGGGUCGGAGGAGAAUCAUCGCCGGCGUAAGGCGGGCGGAGCCGAUGUUCGCGGCUCGGGCGCGUCACGGCGGAGGGUGGUGCGGGCUCGGGCGCGGGGUGCGCGGGGGGCUUGCGCGCCUCGCCGCCGCCCGGCUUCGAUCGCGAGCUCUUCCAAGAGCUGAGCUUCCUACCAGACGCGGAACUCCGAGAGUGUCUCGGCGAGUACCCCGACUUCCUGUACCAUUUGGCGCGGGACAGGUUCGGCCGACUCUACUUUCGCGUUAUACGGACCUUGCUCCUUGAUCGAGUUCUAUGCAGCAACAGGGUGAGCCAAAUGACAAAAACCUACAAUGACAUUGAAGCGGUAACACGGCUCCUAGAAGAAAAAGAGAAAGAUUUAGAGCUGACGGCGCGUAUCGGCAAAGAGCUGCUGGCGGCCAACGGUCGGCUCGAAGCUCGCGUGACCGCGCUCGAAGGAGAGUUGCGAGGAGCUCGCGACCACAUCACCCAGCUGCGGCACGAGAUUAGCGCUAAGAGCGAUCUACUACAGAUUUUAACAAACGACACAGAGGAAAACUCACCUACAGAGGAUCAAGAUGCGGCGACGGCGGCCCUGCUGAAGCGCCGCACUGGCGCGCUGGAGCGAGAGAACCGCUCGCUCAGGGAGGAGGCCGCGCGCCUCGCCGCCGGCGCCGACUCCGCCGAGCUGGCCGAGCGGCAGCUGCUCAGGGAUAUCGCCGCGCAGCUCUCGAGUGCAAAUUCUGAGACGACUGUGCUGAGCUCAGAGUUAACUGAGGAGCGACAACGCUCGGCCGACCUUCAGCAGCAGCUCGACAGCACCAACGCUAGGCUCGCUGUCAAUGAGAGAAACUUGCAGCAGCUAACCGCCGAACACGAACAUUCGCUUCGAAUUUUAGAAAUAACAAGAGAUAACCAAAAUGCUCUGGCUUCAGAAUUGGCAGACACAAAGGAGCGGUACGCGGAGGUGUCGGCGCUGCUGGCGGAGGCGCAGGAGCAGCUGCGGGCGGCGCGGCGGCGCGGCGAGGCCACGCGCGGCCUCAUGCCGUCCGUGGCGGCCGCGGCCGGCCUGCUGCCCGCCAGCCUGCACCGCGAGAUGCACUCCUCCGUCUACUCCGAGCUCAGUCUCGACUCGGGCAUCGGGGAUCCUCUCGCGCAAACCAGCAUGCAGAAGGUGUUUGAGACGGUGCAGUGCGCGUCUCGUUGGUCAGGUGCAUCUUUAUCCGGCUCCGACGCGGAGACGCAAUCCGCCUACAAACCACCCAACAAACCGACGUUCUCGGACUCAUUCUUCGAAGAUACGUCUGACGCUGAAUCGGAAGAUUUGUAUCCCGGCAACACGGGGGUGGGCGUGCCCGGCGCGCCCGGGGCGGCGGAGCUAGCGGCCGCACUGCGCCGCCUCACGCCGCAGGAGAUCAACUCCAGGCGCGCCUCGCUCGCCGCCUCACAUCUACUGCGGCAGCGGAGGCGGAAUGAUAGAGACUUAAGUGAAGAGAGUGCAGUAUGGGGUGCGGGUGCCGCAGGCGGUAUGGCGCGCUUCAGGACACCACACAAGCUUCAAAUUGUUAAACCAAUGGAAGGUUCUCUCACGCUGCAUACUUGGGCUCAGCUAGCUAAGCCAACCAUGUCAGGUUUACUAGAAGAACAAGAAGGUGUUGGAGUGAGAGGGUCAAGAUCAGCACAAGCACUCGGUAUGAGAAUAUACAGGUUGUCAGAUGUUGAAGAGGAUGACGAUAUGCCUAGAUUGCCGCAUUCCAGUCACAUAUAUACAUUUACUAACAGUACGGUCUUACAUCCAAACGAUGGCAGCCUCAUAGGUAGCAACGUGAGCAGCGUUUGCAACAGCGCUAUGAGCAGCCUUUCCAGCAGCGUGCUCGGCAGCGCGUGGAGCUCACGCCUCACCUCUCGCCGCUCCUCCGCCGCAGUGUCGCCCGUGCUCUCCCGACGUGAAUCAUUCUGUACGCCACCUUCCCGUCCCCACUUCACGCCCACUGCCACGCCCGCUAACAGUCCUCUCCUCGGUUCGCCAGACUCCUCUCCCCCUCCGACGCCUCGACCCGGUGACCCCCCACCUUCUCUCCAUGCGCUAAUUGCGAGCGGGACUUCGAUACUCCGACGGCGGUACUUAACGUCACCGGCUUCUGACGGCUCGCCGGCGCCUCUGGCUCUCCAGACUCCUGGAUCUCUCUACACCGGUUUAGUCCAUCGCAGUCCAAUGGAACAGUUAACGUGCCUCAAGCGGACUCUUAGAUCGCCGGCAGCGGCGCCGCCAGAUCGAUGUGACGCAGCAUAUUUACCACUAGGUGUACCGGCACAUCCGGGAGAAGGUGCAUUGGACGCCGCCACAUCCACGGGGUGCUUGGGCGGCGCCAGUGUGACCGGCAGGCGGGCGCGAGUGCGGGCACCGCGCCCUCGCACUGACUUGGGAACGGUGGGAGUGACGCCAACGACUUGUCCGCCCCCGCAAUCGACUCCUUUAGGCACCCUCAGUACCUUUCUUUUUGGACGAAAGGGUGGUUUGCUGUGAGAGUGCUGAACAGCUCCUUCCGGCUGGUAUCAGAGGUGCUACUGCGAAGCGACGCGAUAGUCGCUCGGACGCAGCUCAUUAAACCGAACCGCGGGUCGCGGAUCGAGCCGCGUUAUCUGAAGUGAUAAUAUCGUUUGUUUUCGGUGCGCAGUCUUAUUUUAUCGAUUUCGGUACUUGUGAUUUAGAUGUAGAGAAACGAUUUUUUAAGGUUACUGUGUGAUGUACCUUUUAUAGAUUUAGUUAUAAGCGCCCAAUUAUCAUCGAUGCUAAUGAUAAUAUUUUAUGUUUUGAAAGAUUUAUGUUUGUGAGUCUGUGUUUUUAAAUCAUUUUGACGUUGUUCGUUUCGUAAUCACUUUUGUUUUUAGGAAAUUGUUUUUGCAUUUAUAUGGCUGACUUACUGUGAAUCUGAAUUGAUCUUUAUUAAAAAAUAACAAUCUUAUACUCACUAUAAAGGUGUCAUUAUCAUAGCAUCUUGAAAUCUCUCUUAACACAUUCCUUUUGAAAAAACAUAGUAUUAAUAUAAAGUGUUUAGAUGCGGGGAGAGAAAUAACGAGGACCAAUGAGUCGCAAUUUGUAACCACGAAAAAAAGAUACGUGUUAAAACAACAUAUUCGAUAGCCAUAUUUAAUAAUGAAACAUCACUCUUAAUAUAAAUAUAUAUUUUUUUAAUAAUUGAGCAACUAUUAACGGAUGACUUGAUUGAAAAUAUAUUAUUAUCGAUCUUUUUUUGUGAUUGUUUGGUUAUUAAUCGUAUUUUGAAUUUAAAUAUCAUUGACAUUUUGAUUAUAUAAUUUUAUCACUGUAUUUCCUAUAGAAUACGAUUCAUGUAUUAUUGUAAAUAAUUAAAUUUCCAUUAAUUUAGAAGAGUACAAAUUACUUACGUUUGUAUAAAUAAAAAAUAGCAAUAAUUGUAAUGAAUAAUAGAAUUUUUGUUAAAUUAGUAACUCAAAACUAAUAAUUAUACAAUUAAAUCAAUGUAACACCACAUUAUCGAAAAAU